AUGCCGCCCCUCCUCGCCCUCUUCCUCCUGCUCCUCGCCGCCGCCGCGCCGCGCCCCGCGGCAUCCGCCUCCACCGACCGCGCGGCGCUCCUCGCCUUCCGCGCGGCCCUCCCGCCGCCCUCCCGCGCCGCGCUCUCCUCCUGGCACGGCCCGCUCUCCGCGUCCUGGCUCGGCGUCUCGCUCCACCCACCCGCCGCAGCCGCCGGCCCGCCCUCCGUCGCGGCGCUCGCUCUCCCGGGCCUCAACCUCACCGGCCCGCUCCCAUCCCCGCCGCUCUCCCUCCUGCGCCGCCUCCACGAGCUCGACCUCUCCGCCAACGCCCUCUCCGGCUCGCUCCCCUGCACGCUCCCGCGCUCGCUCCUCACCCUCGACCUCUCCCGCAACGCGCUCUCGGGGGCCGUCCCGACCUGCCUCCCGGCCUCGCUCCAGUCCCUCCGCGCCCUCAACCUCUCCGCCAACUCCCUCCGCGCCCCGCUCUCCCCGUGGUUCUCCUUCUCCGCACACCUCACCACCCUCGACCUCUCCCGCAACGCCCUCUCCGGCGCCAUCCCUCCCCUCAUCAUCGCCGACGCCACCACAUCCGGCCUCCUCCUGCUCGACCUCUCCCACAACCGCUUCUCCGGCGAGAUCCCCGCGGGCUUAACCGCGCUACGCACCCUGCAGGGCCUCUUCCUCGCGGGCAACCGCCUCUCGGGUGAGAUCCCGUGCGGGAUCGGGAACCUCACCUACCUGCAGGCGCUGGAUCUGUCCAACAACCGGCUCUCCGGCGCGGUGCCCGCGGGGCUCGCCGGCUGCUUCCAGCUCCUGUACCUGCGCCUCGGGGGCAACCGGCUCUCCGGGGCGCUGCGGCCGGAGCUCGACGCGCUCGACAGCCUCAAGGUGCUGGAUUUGUCCGACAACCGGAUAUCCGGCGACAUCCCGCUGCCGCUGGCUGGGUGCCGGUCUCUCGAGGUCGUCAUCUUGUCGGGAAACCAGAUCGCCGGGGAGCUCAGCGGGGCUGUGGCGAAGUGGCAGAGCCUGCGGUCCCUGUCGCUGGCGCAUAACCAGCUCUCCGGCCAGCUCCCGGACUGGAUGUUCUCCUUCCCGCUUCUCCAGUGGCUUGAUUUGUCUGGCAACAGGUUUGAGGGCUUCAUCCCUGAUGGCGGUUUCAAUGCGAGCUCAGUGCUUAAUGGCGCAGGAGGUGUUCCUCAGGGGAUUCCAUCGGGUGGUGUGAUUUCACCUCAGUUGUUUGUGUCAGCCUCUGUAGAUGCCACGGGCCAGCAGCUGGAGCUGGGUUAUGAUCUUCGGGCAGCUCCUGGGAUUGAUUUGUCCACAAACAUGCUCCGUGGAGAGAUACCUGAAGGGCUGGUUGCAAUGAAGGGACUGGAGUAUUUGAACCUCUCUUGCAAUUACUUAGCUGGGCAGAUCCCUGCAGGUCUUGGGGGGAUGGGGAGGCUGCGGACGCUGGACUUCUCACACAAUGGGCUGUCAGGGGAGGUGCCUCCUGCAAUUGCUGCCAUGACCGAGCUCGAGGCGCUUAACCUCUCUUACAAUAGCCUAUCUGGGCCUAUGCCGACAACCGGUGGGCUGCGGAAAUUCCCAGGAGCACUGGCAGGAAACCCUGGAAUAUGCAAUGGGGAAGGGUGCGCUGCAGAUGCAGGAACGACGGAAGGGGAAAUGUCAGGUGGUAAUCGUCAUGGCUGGCUCGGUGGCUGGCAUGGAGAGGAUGGAUGGGUGUCACCUGGGGCAUUCUGUAUCAGCACGAUGACCAGCUUCUUUGUCUCGUUGGUAACCUUGCUAUCCUCCCCCAAGGCUAGGAGCUUCGUGUUUCGGCCUGUGAGGAUAGAGUAUUAACAUUUGGAGGGAGGUUCGUGCAAUAAGUUAUGUAAAUACCACAAUCUGUGUUAAGUUUGAGUGGUUUAGUGUGCAGCUAAUCUUGACUGAAGGACGUUUGCUAGCUUGUUCUACUGAUCAGGCAUUACGUCGAGUGUUGGCCUAGUGUUGUUGUGUAGGGGCAUCUAAAUCUGUUUUCAGUGUAUUUGCAUCCUUGGGAAGCAUUUGCUGGCUGUAAUCUUGCCAUUUCAGAGGGUUGGGUGCCAGUUUCUAGUCGAGAUCAACAAGUCCUGUUAUGGAGGAUGUACAUGAUUAGGUGGUGACAGCCACAAAUGGAAGAAUGUUGUCCAUAAUCAGUUUCAGAUGUAAAUACCAUGUAUU